CCCUGUUGAGGAGAUGAUGUAGUGCGGUAGGGAGGAGGAGGUUGAGCUGCUGGUGCUUGGUGGAAGUCGGCGGUGCUGAACGGACGGAGCGCGGCUGUCGGUGCCGCUGUGACCGCUGGAUUCCCCCGCUGUACCCGCCAUGGCGAUGGGCGCUCAGGGUAAGAAGGCUGGUUCCAGGAACGUGGCUGUGGAGAGGAAGAACCUCAUCACCGUCUGCAGGUUUUCAGUGAAGACGUUGUUGGAGAGGUACACAGCAGAACCAAUCGACGACUCAUCUGAGGAAUUCAUCAACUUUGCUUUCAUCCUGGAACACAUCCUCAGCCACAGAUUUAAAGGUGCAGGCAGCUGGUUUGAUGGUCAGCGCAGUUUCUGGGACUUUGUUCGUCUGGCCUGCAGUAAAGUGCAGAACAGCUGCAUCGGCAGCAUCGAAAACAUGGAGAACAUCAACUCAUCACGAGCAAAGGGCAGAGCGUGGAUAAGAGUGGCGCUGAUGGAGAAACGUCUAUCCGAAUACAUCGCCACGGCUCUGAGAGACAGUCGCACCACCAGGAGAUUCUAUGAUGAAGGAGCCAUCAUGUUAAGAGAAGAAGCGUCUGUGCUGACAGGAAUGCUGAUCGGACUCGGAGCGAUUGACUUCAGUUUCUGUUUGAAAGGUGAAGCUCUGGAUGGAAAAACGGAAGCGGUGAUCGACUACACUCCCUAUCUCAAGUUCACUCAGAGCUACGAUUACCUGAGUGACGACGAAGACUGUCGUAGCGUGGACAGCAGUAACAGCGACGACAGCGUUCCGGAACACCCCUACAUCCCGUUACUGACGGACGACGAGAGCUGGAGUCACAAAUGUCGCAGAAUGGAGCAGAGGUUCAAGAUCGUCAACGCCCAGAAGGGUUACCUGGAGGAGCUGGUGCGGCUGAGGGAGUCCCAGCUGAAGAACCUGGAGAUGGAGAACAAGAAGCUGAACAGGAAGCUGGAGGAGCUUCAGCUGCAGAACCAUCAGGAGAAGAAGGAACUGGAGGGAGUUAUACUGGAACUGCAGGAACAGCUGACCAACCUUAUUCCGGGUGAAAGUCAUCCUUUGUCUAAGGACAUGUCCAUUCCUCUGGUUAACCAGUGGCCAUCGCUUCACACCUACAACAAUCAGGAAGAUUGCAAACUCUACAGAAGGGGGAGCUUCCCGAGCUCCGAACUUCUCUCGCCUCAUGUCAGCUUGGACUCUGAUUCCCAGAAGGCUGAGGGGAAGCCAAACGGCCAGCCCUGGUGUAAAGCAGAUAAGGAGUACACUCCGUCCAUUCUGGGUCUCUGUGGUUCCUUGGCUUCGUUACCCAGCUGUAAGUCACUUCCCAGCCUGAGGUCCACUGAGUGCCUGGUGAACAUCAGCGCCGAGCCCAGUCCUGCUCUGACGCCCAGUUAGAACCCAGUAUACACUCGUCCAGUUUCUUUAGCAGAAAGAACAUUCAAAGACUAACGGCUACGCACUGUACACCAUUCAUUUGCCCUCUGUCAGUGUCUUUCACUUGCUUAAUUGUAUUUAUUUUACCAUGAUUUCUACCUUCUAGCUGCUAUCAAUGUCUUUUAGUGUCUCAGUGUCUUUGCUUUCCGGGUUUCUCUGGACUGUGGACUAUGCACCACCGACUAGCCUGACUCGCACCUCAAGCUAAAGAAUGGCCACUUUAUUAGCUGUUAGCAUCUACUGGAUGUUCUCCCUUUAUGACGUCAAUCUAUAGUCGAAAACGUAUGACAAAAAAUGCACAUAAUUAUCAAAAUGUGGAGCUAAAAAAGAAAAACUGCCAAGAACUGCUGCCUUUUCUCUUUCAGAUCAUUCCUUUUCUUAAUCCUUCCAACGUUAGGGGGUUUUGCUGAUAGAAAGGGACCUGCCAGCCAAUAGGACACCACAUAAAGUCGUAAAUUAACAUCUUACCAUCAUCUCACAGACUACAUAUAUACACAAUAUGACCGAAAGUAUCUGGACACCAAUUCUUAUGAAUAAGUUUAGGUGUUUAGGCCACCCACAUCCAUUGCAACAGUUCGAAGACUCUUUUCUGUUCCAGCAAAGUACAUAAAGACAUGGUCUGACCAAUUUGGUGUGGAAAAACUACACACAGCCCUGACCUCAACCCCACUGAACAGCACUGAAAUGCCAAAUGUGUGCCAAUCCUGCCAGACACACUCCAACAUUACACUCCAUAUUAAUGCCAAUUGUUUUGAAAUGGGAUGUCCAAGAUCAUGGUCUGGGGGUCACAUACUUCACGGCAUAUAGAGUAAAUAAUCUGGUCCAAAUCCUGCUCUUUCCGAGUGUAUGUUUGUAUCAUUAUAACCUCCUUAUGAACACGAUCUCACAACAUGAAGGUUUUCAUCAGCAAAUGAAUGAAUGAAGCUUUUCUUUCCGUCGCCGCAUGAUUGAAGGUUCUGUUGUGUUCUGUGUGAGGUAGAGGGAGUCACAAAUUUGUUUUUCUUUUUUCAGUCAUUGUUCUUAAUGUUUAUUAACUAACAUACUUACAAUUUGUAAAUGAUGUUAAAAUGCUGUAAUAUUUAUCACACCACUGGAAACUGCUGCAAUAAAAAACUGCCUCUUUUUGGUUCCGUUUUCCUGUUA